GUCCUUUUAAAAUGCCCGCCGGCCCUUCGUUCGCACCGGGGAGAGGAGGAGAAGGAGGAUUUAAAAUGAUUCCAGGUUGUGAGGCUCUGGCUGCCGCGGGCAAGUUGAUUGAGUUCAGAGUCAUUCCCUCGUGGGUUCAAAGGUUCCCUUUCGAAAUCCAAGCUCCAUGAAAACUUAGCCCUUUGCUGCCUCCCAUUCUCCCUCCAUGGAUUCUUUUGUGAAAAUCACUUCCCUCAGCCAAGGCAGGGACAGAAUCUUCAGAACCACUCAGUAUGCAUGCAUGUUACUUAAUUAUCUAAUUCACAAGAAUGGUAGCAACAAGGAGCUGGUUUCAAAGCUCAAACAGUUGGAGUCUAACAUGAGUGCAGGACGUAAGUUGUUCCGGCUAGGUAACACGGUGGAUGCAGUUCAGGCAGCCAGAAGAAAUGUUCAGCUUUCAGACCCAAUGCUUCGGUUUUGCCUCACAGUCAUUCCUCUCAGUCGGGCUGUGUACUUCAUCUGUGAUAAUAUUCUCUGGAUGGGAUCAGUGGGACUUACUGAUAUUAACAAGGAGAAAUGGAACAAGCGGUGCAACCGCUACUACUUCUUCUCAUUAAUUAUCAGCCUGAGCAGAGAUGUCUAUGAGAUUGUCCAACUCCUGAAAGAAGAAGCACUGGUCCAAAAGGAACAGCAGUGCAAAUCCAUAAGCCACCUGGGAAAGAAGCACGUGCAGAGAGAUUUUGUCUGGACACUGAGGGUCAGGACUGAGGCUUUCUUCAUGCUGCUUUUUCAAAGUCUUAAAAGCAAUCCUCCUGUAUUACUUGACAUUGUUAAAAACCUCUGUGACCUUGCCCUUCCUUUAGACAAACUAGGCAUUUGCAAAACCAAUCCUGGAGUUGUGGGUCUCGGUGGUCUUGUUUCCUCAAUUCUCUCAAUUCUAACUUUGACACACCCAGCACUGAAAUUGAGACCAUGAACAAAUCUUGUGCUCUCUGAACAAAAGUAUUAUUACUUCUCUCUAAUAUUUUUAUCAGUAUAUCUGGGAAUGGAAAUCAAUUGCUUUCAAAAUGUAGACUGCAGCUUCUGAAAGCAAGAUAUAUAAUGGUGUAUUUUUAAUAUUUUGCUCUCACUACAAAAAUUGUUCUUUCAAUUAUUUCCUUGCUGCAACUUAAGAGUGCCAAAGUUUAAGGCAAUUUCUAACGUGUGCUGUUGCUUAUGAACUUCGAACUUUCCUUUACUGAAAUUAGCCAUCCUACAAACAGAUCAGUUAUGAUUGCUAUGCUGGGGUCAAGUUGACAUCAUGUGAGUUGGACAUUAAAACAGACCAAAAGCACACAACUGGGAUUUGUGUCCUGGCCAGGGCACUAUGAUUCUAAUACUAUACAAUAAAUAUCAGCCUCUUUUCAACUGAGCGCUAUGUCAGCAACAGCCUUAUCCAUGAUGAACAUGAUUCCCCAGUUUUUUAAAUACCCAUCUCAAGGAGAAACAAUGAAAGGUUAUUUCCACUGGCUGGAUAUUGGGUAACAAGAGGUUGUAAGUUCAGGAAUAUCAUUUGAAGGGGGAAGAGAAAUUAGAAUCUAAUAGGAAAUGCUUUGGUGCAAGUAGUUGUUGAGGCUGAGACUGUGACACCAUUUUAAAGAAGAAUAGAAUGGGUAUCUGAAAUUGAAAAGAAUGAGCUCCAGUUCAGUCCUAGCAUUGGCACAGAUAAUGGGACAAGUGGAUUAUGUUUGUGGUGUAAUUUCCAUGAUUCAGACCAUCUGAGAAAUUAGUAUCAAACUCUUUCAAACUGAAAUCUGCCUGUAACUUUAUUUAUCUUUGCUGAGAAGAGUAUUUUUUAACUUUUCCCAAUGUUUUAGUGCCCAAAUGCACUAUUUGAUGUGGUCCUGAGAUAUUUUUAGACCAAAAGAUCCUAUAUUCAGUCUCAUAGUUCCUGUUUGAACCAGUUGAUUCCUGUUAACUCUACCAUUUUCGCAGAAAAAAAUUGAAGCAUUUACUUUUUCUGAGUUAAUUUGUAUAAGCUACUUUUGAAGUAAAAGGAGUGGAUGGUACCUUGAGUUCAGCUAAAAAAUGUGCUUUCACAGACUUUAGGUGAAGGUAGCUUUCGGCUCUUUUGUGGUCCCUCCAUACUCAAAUAAUCAGCUAGAACAACUUGGCUCAUGAGUAAAGAACAGCCACUUUUAUGUAACGUUUCAGACGAACUGAAUAAUUUGGAGUAAUUAAAUUUUCACCACAUUUCAUAUCUGGCUGAAGCCUGACGAUAAUUACUUUUUAGCAUGUGACGGUCAUGAUUAUUCUUUUCUCUGUGAAUGGUGCAGACAACAGUUGAGAACCAGGAUGAGUUGCACUCAACUACAGUCUAAGAUGUGUUGUCUGGAUACCAGAAGAAAAGUAUUUGGACUCAGGCAGUUAUAUCAGGGGUUUGUCAGGCUUGUUGCAUUAAAAUUUAAGUCCAAAAUUUAUAGUUUUAAAACCGACCUGCAGAAUUUUAUUAUAUUUCUAAUCCUUUAGAUGAUUUCCCAAGCUCAUUAUCAGACUGCUGUAGCUCACUGAUAAGUGAGCACUGGGUGCAGAAUCUUGAACUUGCCUGAAUCAGAAAUGGCUGCAAAUAAAUGUUACUCUGUACAAUAUCCUCUCCAGUAAUCAUUACAUUUGCACUUUUUAACUUUCUUAGAGGUGAUGUAUAGAAUAUUGCUCUCUGGUUCUUCUUUAACUUUUGGAACAUCACAAUGAGAAAAACAAAAAUUUGAGGGGGUGCAUCACAGCUCCUAUCUUUUCAUAACCACCACAUAAGUGCUUUCCAGCAACAGUCAAAUGAUAGUGAUCAGGAGCAUGAAUCUUGGCUAACUAGAUUUUAUCCUUUUUCAUCCUUAAAACAGGAGGACACCAAAUCCAGUUGGGGUAUCCUUGAAACUGUGCUGGUUGAGAUCUGUUUGUUCAGUGGAGAUUGAGAAUUGAUCUUGAGUUUUGUGUGACUACGUACUGUACAGUGCACUUACUCAGGUAUCAAGCAACACCUACGAUUGAGCAGCACUCAACUCUGCAUUCAAGUUAGGAUUUGUUGACUAGGACUCACCGUUUUGUUUUCAGAGUCUUAGUGCUACACAGAUGCAGGGUAGUAUCGUGCUGCAUUCUGUCUGCAAUGCAAGACACUUUUUUGGAGAAAUACAGUUUCUCAGUUAACUUAGUAUUUUAAUUGACCUCUUGGAUAAUGAAUUGUAUAUAUUUUCUCAGCCUUCCUCGCAACUUCCUAUUAAGAAUAGUAAAACCUUUAUGAAAAUAAAAAUAUUGAGUUGAACAUUUUAUUUAAGAGCUCUUUUAAUGAGAAGUGUUUUGCAUCUGAAUUUAGAAUCUUCAAAAACCAUGUUUACUGAACAAAGUUUAUGAAAACAAAACUAUGCAAACAAAUGUCAAAUAUUUUAAACGUUCAAAGAAAUAAAAGAAAAUUUCAUGAUGGGGAAACUCUUGGCAUGGAACCUUGCUUGAAAGGAGCAUGGGCUAGAGAGAUAUUACACUAGGACUAAUUAUGCAACCCAUGCCCUCAUCCAGCAAGAUUGAACAUCAAGAUUUUUCCCCCUCAAAUUUUCCUUACAAAACAGUAUUAGUGAAAUUAACUACUUCUGUAUCCUAAAUUAGGAAACUACAAGUUUUCAGUGACUGCUGCAAGCCAAUGCUGCUGUACUCAAAGAACCUGAAUAAUUCCACUUUGUUGUUCUUUGUUCUUUAAUAAAGUAAUAUUAAAUACAAAA